CCGCCGCCGCCGCCGCCACCUCAGUAAGGGGUGGGAAGUGAGUCUUCUGCCGGGACUGGGCGGCGUUCGAGGCACCUGAAACCGCGCAUUUGUCACGGCGGAAGAGGGCAGAAGCUGAGGCGACGACGCAGAGACCUCCCCUCGGUCAACUGCGAAGAAAAGUGAAGAAGGAGGCCGGGGGAGGGAAGGGGGGAAAUAACUCACCUCGGCCGGCCGGGCCGCAAGCUUGGCAUUGCUAAAUCUCCACGACACCCCCAACCCCGGAAAAGAAAAGGGGAAAAAAACCCAACGACGUCGACGAAAGCUGUUGCAUCCUCCACCCCCCCUUUUUUUCUUUUCUGGACUGCUGAGAAAACUUGAUUUGGAUUUAAAGCAUCCAUUGGGUAGUGAAGGAAGCUGGUGCAAAUGGAGAUCUGCACGCCCGAAUUGUGAGAAUGUUGGCUAUGAAAGCUCAGGGAAGAAGUAGCAGGGAGAAAAACAUUACCCAGUGUGCCUGAAAAUGACAACAAAGCGGAACUUGUUUGUGCGGUUGGUGCCAUGCCGCUGUUUGCGUGGAGAAGAAGAAACUGUCACUGCGCUGGAUUACUCUCACUGCAGCUUGGAGCAGGUGCCGAAGGAGAUUUUUACUUUCGAAAAGACAUUGGAAGAACUCUAUUUAGAUGCUAAUCAAAUUGAAGAACUUCCAAAGCAACUUUUUAACUGUCAGUCUCUGCACAAGUUGAGUUUGCCGGACAAUGAUCUAACAACAUUGCCUGCAUCCAUAGCAAAUCUCAUUAACCUCAGGGAACUGGAUGUCAGCAAGAAUGGCAUACAGGAGUUUCCAGAAAAUAUCAAAAACUGUAAAGUUUUGGCAAUUGUUGAGGCCAGCGUAAACCCCAUUUCAAAGCUUCCAGAUGGAUUUUCACAGUUGUUAAAUCUAACACAGCUAUAUCUGAAUGAUGCUUUUCUUGAGUUCUUACCAGCCAAUUUUGGCAGAUUAACUAAACUCCAGAUUUUGGAGCUCAGAGAAAACCAGUUAAAAAUGUUGCCAAAAACCAUGAACAGACUGACUCAGCUGGAGAGACUGGACUUGGGAAGUAAUGAAUUCACAGAAGUGCCUGAAGUACUUGAACAAUUAAGUGGGUUAAAAGAAUUCUGGAUGGAUGGUAACAGACUAACUCUUAUUCCAGGGUUUAUGGGCAGUUUGAAGCACUUGACCUACUUGGAUGUUUCCAAAAACAACAUUGAAACUCUUGAAGAGGGUGUUUCAGGAUGUGAAAGUUUACAAGACCUGCUGUUAUCUAGUAAUUCACUUCAGCAACUACCAGAGUCUAUUGGGUCCCUGAAGAAAUUAACAAUUCUUAAAAUUGAUGAAAAUCAGCUAAUGUAUCUGCCAGACUCUAUAGGAGGUUUAACAUCAGUUGAAGAACUGGACUGUAGCUUCAAUGAGAUUGAAGCGUUGCCUUCAUCUAUUGGACAGCUCUCUAAUACAAGGACCUUUGCUGCAGAUCAUAACUUUUUAACACAGUUGCCACCAGAGAUUGGAAACUGGAAACAUGUAACUGUUCUGUUCUUACAUUCUAAUAAGCUGGAGUUCCUCCCAGAGGAAAUGGGUGAUAUGCAGAAAUUAAAAGUCGUCAAUCUAAGUGACAAUAGACUGAAGUAUUUGCCCUAUACCUUUACAAAGCUGCAGCAACUGACUGCCAUGUGGCUAUCAGAUAAUCAGUCUAAACCACUCAUUCCACUUCAAAAAGAAGUUGACCCAGAAACACAGAAAACAGUACUUACUAAUUAUAUGUUUCCACAGCAACCAAGAUCUGAAGAGGUUAUGUUUAUAUCUGAUAACGAAAGUUUCAACCCUUCACUGUGGGAGGAGCAGAGGAAACAGCGUGCUCAGGUUGCUUUUGAAUGUGAUGAAGAUAAAGAUGAAAGGGAGGCACCACCCAGGGAGGGUAAUUUGAAGAGGUAUCCAACACCUUAUCCUGAUGAGCUGAAGAAUAUGGUCAAAACAGUUCAAACAAUAGUGCACAGACUGAAAGAUGAAGAAAACCCAGAUGAUGCUAGUAAAGAAACAAAGCCAGAAAGUCAGCCAAUUUCAAUGAAAGAUACAGGUGUAAAGACUGCAGAAAUUACUCCAGCAAAGAGCAAAAUGGAAAACAAAGAGCAGAAUGUGAUAGGAAACUGUGUGCAAAAACCUAAUGUAGCAGAAGUUGAGAAUAGCACCGGAAACUUGCAGAUGAAUACUCAAGUUGAAACCUCUGAGAACAAAAUACCAAUUGCUUAUCAUGAGGAUACUCUUGAGGAGUCAGAAGAGCUGUCCUCUGACGAAGAAAUGAAAAUAGCAGAAAUGAGACCCCCUCUCAUAGAAACCUCCAUUAACCAACCAAAGGUGGUAACUCUUGGCAAUAGCAAAAAAGAUGACAGCAAAGAUGUAGAUUCAUUGUCGGAUGACCCCACACACAACAGUAAUCAGAAUAACAGCAAUUGUUCCUCUCCUUCUCGAAUGUCCGACUCGGUUUCUCUAAAUACCGACAGUAGUCGUGAAGCAUCUCUGUGCUCUCCAGACAAGGAAACUAACAUGGCUAUCACUUCCAAAAUCAGGCAAGAAGAUGAAAAUUCCAACAGUCUUUUACAAAAUGGAGGUGAAUUAAAUGUCAUAGCAGAUGAAAAACUAGAUGCUGAAGAUCAAGUUACAAAUUUCACUGAAUUCAGAUUAAACAUUGAGGAGAGAUUAGCUCUGAUAGAAAGAGGUGUUGAGCUAAACAAUGCUACUGAUGAGUCUCACAAAUUUCACCAAAUUAACAUGAAUAUCUGCAAGUUGACUGAUGAGGAAGGAAUCCAAUCAAAUGUAGUAGAACGAAUAAAAUCACAGGAAAUACCGUCAGUUAAGGGCUUUUUAAACAAUAAUAUAAAAGAAGAAAUUGAGCAUUUGGAAAAUGGAAAUAAAUAUUCUAACCUGGGUCCUAUAAAUAAUGUCAAUGGACAUUCUGAGGAAGGGCUUCACUGUGCAGGAAAACCAGAGCUAAAGAGAAGUGCUACAAUUGAUACUGAUUCUUCUUUGGAAAUGUGUCUUUCAAAAAGCACUGAAGACUUGUCCCCCCAGCGUAGUGGACCAGUUGUGAAAUCUCACAGCAUAACUAACAUGGACACAGGUGCUCUGAAAAUUUAUGAUAUCAUCAAUGACAAUGGAUCCCAGCAGCCAAAUCCUGUAGUAAAACCAGCAGUUACAGGUCCAGAUGGGAAAAACAUAGUCCGGAGUAAAUCAGCUACUCUCCUCUAUGACCAGCCAUUACAAGUAUUUCCUGCAUGUUCGUCAUCGUCUGAUUUAAUGUGUACAAAAACAGUGUUCAAAUUUGAUUCGAAUCAUAAUCCUGAAGGUACUAAUGUAAUAAGAGGGCAAGGGACAAAUACUUCACAACAAUUCAGCACCCCUCAAUAUAAUAUCCAGUACAGUAGCAGCAUGGCAGCCAAAGAAUCCUUGUGGCCCCCGAAACAAAACUCCCUAGUUGAACAAAGCUGCUUGCCUCCUCAACGCUUGCCAAGGUCAGAUACAGCAGAUGGCUGUAAUUCUGUGAAACAUUCUGCCAACAUGAAUUUCUCUAACCAUAACAAUGUUAGAGCUACUGCUGCGUAUAAUACACAUCAGAGGAUGGGUGGCCGGCAUAUGGAAAUGUGGGCCGUUCCACCAAAUGACAGACUUGUUUCUGGAGCAAGCCGAAAUACUCUCCAGCGGCAGAGCAGUGUCUCUUCCACUGCUUCCAUGAACAUUGGUGAUUCUGGGCCUCCUCGGCGCCCUCAGGUUCCUGAAGGAGAUUAUUUAACGUACAGGGAUUUACACUCAAUGGGAAGAGUUCCACCAAUAAUGUCAGGGCCGCAAAGACCUCUUUCUGCAAGAACCUACAGCGUGGAUGGGCCCAACGUACCUCGGCCUCAGAGUGCUCGCCCUUCAGCAAACGAAAUACCAGAGAGAACUAUGUCAGUUAGUGACUUCAAUUACUCAAGGACUAGUCCUUCUAAAAGAACAAACCCAAGAGUUAACUCUGAACACUCUCUGCUAGAUCCUCCAGGAAAAAGUAAAGUUCCCCAUGACUGGAGGGAACAGGUGCUGCGACACAUUGAGGCCAAAAAAUUAGAAAAGAGCAUGCUGUCUAGGUCCUUUAAUUCCAAUUAUGCUCCAGUUAGCAGCUUUCACUAUGGCAGCUCUAGGGAUCUGCAUGGCAGCCAAGGCAAUGUUGCCUUGAGUGUUGCAGACGGAAGAAGUUCUGGUGUUCACAUUGUUCGUCAUCCCCAAACAUCAACCUCAGUAGAGCAAUGUCAGGAAGAUGUAUUCAUUGCUGGACAGCAGAAUUAUUCAUCUGCCACACUUAGCCUCAAAGAUGUUGCUUCAGACAACAUGAAGAAAGUUCCUGUGCAGAUACCUUUGACGAAUGGGCAGAUGUGCCAGCCUCCAAGACCUCAGGCAAACUAUAGCCAAAUCCAUCAUCCUGCUUCCCAAACAACUGUGGCAAGACAUCCUUCUAGAGAGCAAUUAAUUGAUUAUCUAAUGCUUAAAGUUGCCCAUCAGCCACCCUAUAGUCAGUCCCAGGGUCCAUCAAGGCAAAGCCACGAAAUGUCAAAGCAAGAGAUAAGAGUGAGAAUUGAAAAGGAUCCAGAGCUUGGCUUUAGUAUAUCAGGAGGAACCGGUGGCAGAGGAAACCCCUUCAGGCCUGAUGAUGACGGUAUAUUUGUAACCAGGGUACAGCCUGAAGGACCAGCAUCUAAACUGUUGCAGCCAGGCGAUAAAAUUAUUCAGGCUAAUGGAUAUAGCUUCAUCAAUAUUGAUCAUGGACAAGCGGUAUCCUUACUAAAGACUUUUCAGAACACAGUGGAACUCAUCAUUGUUCGAGAACUUUCUUAAAUACUGUGGAGGAAGGAGAAACGUCCACGUGAUGCUUUGAAGGACUUGUGGGAAACUGAAUAUUUUGAUUAUUUUUAUAUACAAAAACUUUUAAAAUUAUGUACAGUAAUAAAAUAAUCUUGUGGUUAUAGGGGGGAAACCACUGUAAAGAGCAUAGAUAAAACAGUUUUGGAAAUGCAUAUUGUAGUCAGCCUUGUUGAGUUUUAAAGCAUUGUAGCAAUCAAAAAUCACUCCUCCAAAAACAAACCUGUGGUGUAUUUUGUACAGAUGGUAGGUUUAUUUUUGGAUAACGCAUACACAUAACUAAACUUUGUGUACAAGGAGCCUCCAUUGUAGCCAAUGGACAGAUGGCAGGGCUUUCUGUCCUGUAGCUGUUUGUUGCCUUUAUUUUUUUGUUCACCUGGUUUUAAUGUCUUUGUUGAAACCACUUCUGUAGAUGUGGAUAAGAUUUGAUAUGUUGGCUUUGCUAUGUGCAUAUUGUACAGAUGAAUGGGUAGAUGGAAGGUGGGGCUGGCUGGGAUAAUUUUGAAAGGCCAGGUAAAAUGGCCGUGAAAGUAUGGAAUCAAGAAAGAAAGAGGGAAACGAGUUAGCAUGAGAAUGUAUAUCUACCAAUAGAAAAAUGCAAUAAAAUGUGAAGUCUUUUUUAGAGAGACUAUAAAUACACUUCUGGGAGUUCUACAGGAUUGGCUCAUAUCACAUCAACUGACUGUCUUAUUUGUUUUCUUUAAUUUAACUUUGAGUGUUUUUAAUCACACAACUUUUUUCACCUGUGCUGUGGAGUUGUGCCCAGAGACUCCUGUCUGUUACGGAAAUCCCCAGUUUUGUGCAAAAGGGUGAUUUUCUUCUGCCUUGUAUUAAAUACUCCAUUUUCAACUUAUUUAUAGAUUUUUUAAAAAAACGAAAAAGAAAAAACUAAAUGGCCAGUUUGUUUUUUUAAAAACUGUGUUGCCUGUAACUCAUCACCUAUAUAUCUAUCACAUGUGUGCAUGUUCCAAACCUCUAACUUACUCUGCCAGAAAAAAAGCUUCAUUCUUUUUAAUGGGGUUCGUGGCAGUGAGGCCUGUAGGGACUGGGCUGCCCAGAAGUAAAGGGUUCAGGAAAGGGUUAGGAAAGAAACCGUGAUUUUGUUUGGCCUUGAAUUGCCUUGUUAGACUAAAAGGAAACAAUAUGUUUGGAGCUAGGUAACCAAAGCCAGAGAAACUGUUGCAGAGUGAUGGGAGAAUUGCUGUUGGGAAGUUGUAGAGCAAAGGGAUGGGGACUUGCAACCCACCAGUUUGUAAUGAUCUUUCUCAAAGGGCUGUUCCUACAGGUGACAUUAAAUGUGAACUAGACACUUGAGAGUCAUUAAAGGGUUUCUAACUAUAUUAACGUAAUAGUGAUUUACCACAGGCUGCCUUUGUUCCUUAUUACUUGUAUAAAAUAUUGGAUUAUACAUAUUUAAUUUUGUUUAUGGCAAACAUUAUGUUUAUUUUCCUCUUUUUUCUUUAUAUAACAGAGAUGAGAUUGCCUAACCUAUAGGGUAAUAAGUAAUACAUGGUUAUUAUGGACCAGAGAAAAGUGCCAUAGAAGACCAAUAACUGUUUUUUUAAAGGCGAAUUAUUAAUCUGUCAUUGGAGCAAUAUUCAGUUACUGCAGUUUUUAAUAAGUAGAAAUUGGUAGUUUUAAAGCGAAAUUAGCAAAAGCACCAGCCUACUAUAGUAUUUGGAAAGAUGUGCUGGAACAGAAAGGAACCUGUACACUUAACAGAUAAAGGCAGUACUUUUUAAAUACACAGACUCCAAUGCUAUUGCACUCAAAGAUGUUAUCACCUGCAUAUUGUACUGUGUAUAGUUUUUGAUAAUUUUAAUUGAAACCCUUUAACAACUCUUUGUACAUUAAUUUUAGUUGAUUUUCAUUAAUAUUUACAUAGGAAUUGAUUUUUAUAUUAGCAAAAAUGUGCUGUAUUUUGGUAAAGUUCACUUAUUUUCUGUGUGCUGUUAAUCUUUAAAGAAAAUGAGAAACAUAGCUAUAUAAUGGCAGGCUUCAGUGUUACCAUGCUUCUAAAAGUGUCUUUUAAAUUUCUCUACUUUUUAUUGAGAAUUCAAAAAUUUACAUUCAUUGCUUUUAAUUAUAUUAGUAACCUCAGCCUUUUAAAAGGGAAUAUCCACAAAUCAGUCCUAAUCUGAGGACUUGAGGCAUAAACUAUAAUCAUGGUAAGGGCAAAAAGUCCCAAAUCAGAACUGAUUCUUUAUUGAUCAUGGACACCAUUUAUCUUUGACAACAUCAGGUUAAAAUAAAGUGUUCAAAUUCAAUUUUGUAUGAAAUAACAAGCAGUGUAAACCAUGCUAUUAGAAUUUAAUUUAGUUGAAUAGCUUUGUACAAUAGUGUUGCCAAAAAGAAUAAUUGUUUGUUGAGAGAAUUUAAAGAAACUUUGUGGCCUUCUAGGGGUUGGGUUUUUUUAUUUUAUUUUACUUUUUGGUGCAAGGAACUAGAAAAAUAUAUUGGAAAUCAAACACUGAUGAUACUUUAAAAAAAAAGAAAUGUUGGAUGCAUUAUACCAUUUGUGUUGGAUGAUGGUGAAAUGAAGCUGUGGAAGAAAGCUCAUUCAAAACAGAAGAUCAUUAUUCAGAAGCCGUGGAUUUUUAAUGUUUCUCAUCUUGUCAGAUAAGAUAUAUCUGCACACUUGGUUGCUUUGGCAUCGAAUGAAUAAAGUAUUUGUCAACUCAAUAUUCUUUUCAUGACAGUUCAUUAAAGAAUCAGUUCAAAUUACAAUUUCUGGGGGGAAACCCCACAUAUUUAUUGUGUAAAUACAUUUUUUACUUUUUUUGACUGGAGUUUCAAAAAUGUGUAUAUAAUUGAACACAUCCUAUGAACACAAUCAUAGCAAUAAGCAACACACAGAAUCAAGCCUUUAUCAUUAAUUUGCUGUACUACUUUUUAAAAAAGUAACUAUUCCCUUAUUAGCAGCUAUGUAAUGUUUUUAUUGAUCAGCAUUUAUUCAGCAUUCCAAAUUUUGUAUAUAAUUAAAUUGUUUCUGAAGUAACACAUGGAGAAUAGAUAAUAAACUAAUGCUCUUUAAA